GUUGCAUCGGUAACAACAGCAGCACACUGACUGAAGACAGCAGCGUCUCGCGACUCCGAGCGGAGGAAUAUCAACAGCGCGUGUUGUGCGUUUGUUUUUAGCGCUUUUUUAAACCACCGAGUCGUAAACAAGCCAAACUUUAGCGUCCGCGAAGGAGAUACAUUCACUUCUUUUGAUUCUCUCAUAUUUGGAUUCAGUUCUCUCAGACAAACGGACAUCAACUGAAAGUUUCCCCUCAGUGAUGAGACCUGGUAUGGCCAUUGCUCAUAGCGCAGCAGGAGUACUCUGAAACCAAGGCAAAAGCGGUAUUAAGUCAUGAUGCAGGAGUCGGCCAAUGAGACAAUAAGCAACAGUUCAAUGAGUCAAAAUGGAAUGAGCAGCCUAAGCAGCCAAUUAGAUGCUGGCAGUAGAGAUGGAAGAUCAAGUGGGGAGACGAGCAGUGAAGUAAGCGCAGUCGAGCUGCUGCAUCUGCAACAACAGCAGGCCCUACGAGCAGCAAGGCAAUUACUCCUACAUCAACCAGGCAGUGGCCUGAAAUCUCCAAAGAACAACGACAAACAGCGUCUGUUGCAGGUGCCAGUGUCUGUGGCAAUGAUGAGUCCACAGGUGAUCACACCCCAACAGAUGCAGCAGAUCCUUCAACAGCAGGUCCUGUCCCCCCAACAGCUCCAAGCCCUCCUACAACAACAACAAGCAGUCAUGCUUCAGCAGCAGCACCUGCAAGAGUUUUAUAAGAAACAACAGGAACAACUCCAUCUACAGCUUUUGCAGCAACAGCAUCCAGUAAAACAAGUGAAAGAGCAACAGCAGCAGCAGCAGUUGGCGGCACAGCAGCUGGUCUUUCAACAGCAGCUCUUGCAAAUGCAGCAACUGCAGCAGCAGCAGCACCUGCUCAACAUGCAGAGGCAGGGCCUCCUCUCUCUGCCCCCCGGCCCAGGACAGCCCACCCUCCCCGGACAGACUCUGCCGCCAGCUGGUCUGAGCCCCGCCGAACUCCAGCAACUUUGGAAAGACGUCACUGGUAGCCACGCCAUGGAGGACAAUGGGCUAAAACAUAGCGGCCUGGACCUGAGCACCACCAACAACUCAUCCACUACCUCCACCAGCAACCCCAAAGCUUCUCCGCCCAUCACCCAUCACGGCAUUUCCAACGGCCAGUCCCCGGUCCUCAACCACCGGAGAGAGAGUUCGCUGCAUGAAGAGACCGCAGCAGCGCACUCCCUCUAUGGUCACGGAGUGUGCAAGUGGCCAGGAUGUGAAAGUGUUUGUGACGACUUCGGACAGUUUUUGAAGCACCUUAACAGUGAACACGCUCUGGACGACAGGAGUACCGCCCAGUGCCGAGUACAGAUGCAGGUGGUACAACAGCUAGAGAUACAGCUUUCUAAAGAGCGUGAGCGUCUUCAGGCGAUGAUGGCACACUUGCACAUGAGGCCCUCAGAGCCCAAACCAUCACCAAAACCGCUGAAUCUCGUCUCCAGCGUCACCAUGUCAAAGAAUCUCCCAUCUGUCUCACCCCCCACCUUACCUCAGACGCCCACCACGCCUACCGCUCCAGUCACGCCCCUUUCCCAGAUGCCCCAGGUGCCCAACGUUCUCAGUCCCGCCAACGUGCCCUGCAUGGGCGCCAUGCGCAGACACCACACCGACAAAUACUCCAUGCCCUUGUCCUCAGGUUUAGUGCCUCGAUGCAUUCCUGUUUGCAACGCGCCGCUUAAUGGCAUCUCAUCGCAGGGUAUCAUGGAGUCAGGUGACAUGCAGCUAACGCUCAACGAAAUCUACAGCUGGUUCACGCGCACCUUCGCCUACUUCAGACGCAACGCCGCCACCUGGAAGAACGCAGUGCGACACAACCUCAGCCUGCACAAGUGUUUUGUCCGGGUGGAGAACGUGAAGGGCGCAGUGUGGACCGUGGAUGAAAUGGAAUAUCAGAAACGCAGAUCUCAGAAGAUAACAGGGAGCCCGACGCUGGUCAAGAACCUGCCAUCCAGUCUGGGUUAUGGGGCGGCUCUCAACGCCAGCUUACAGGCUGCGUUGGCGGAGACCUCUUUGCCGUUGCUGGGUAAUCCAUGCUUGAUGAAUAGCGCGUCAGGAAUGAUGGGGGCGAGUCAUCCAGGACUGAUGAGCGGCAGCCCGACCGGCCUAUUACACGUCACCACGCAUGAAGAUCUCAACGGCACACUAGAUCACCUGGACACUAACGGACACAGCAGUCCCGGAUACUCCCCACACACCCAACUGCCUCCAAUUCACGUCAAGGAGGAGCCACUAAACAUGGAUGACGAGGACUGUCCGAUGUCAUUGGUGACCACAGCCAAUCACAGUCCUGAGCUGGAUGAGGACCGGGAGCUUGAGGAAGGCAACCUAUCGGAGGACCUGGAAUGACUAUUUUGCCCCACCCCUCCGCCGGGUCUCUGCCCCUUUCAGGCCUCACCCCUCAACUAAUCCACAACCACCGCAAACGCAGAAAGACUGGACGCAGCAGGCAGGAGUAUUUAUUUAGCAUGCAUCUGGAGACUGGCCCGAAGAAAAUCUAUAGCGCAGAUCUUUAGGGACCACAGAUGGACAGACAUGAGACGUCUGCUUUUUAAAAACAAACAUAAAAGGAAGAACAAAAGGACAAGAUUUCGUUCGAAUCAGCUCGGCCACCUCACACAACGAACACAAGGCUCACGGACCGAAAAAAGACAGAAGUGAAACGGGAGCAAGCCAGCGGCCACAUAUACUGCCAAAAAAAGUUUUACGUUUGUGAAUAUCCAAGCCACAGUAGUCAUCGGUGUUAGAUUGCAAUUGCUGGUUCAAUUCAAGUUGUUGCUCUGUUAUUUUUUGCACAUGAGUAGUAUCAAAAAUUAGUGUCACUGUCUGUAUGUCGACAAUUUUAAAAAGG